CACGACCUCAUAAUAUAAGGCCGCGCAACUGUGUCACUAUAGAAGCCGUCAGACACACACAAGCGCCUCAAUCUCUAUCUCUCCAUCUCUUUGAUAAGGAACUAGGGUUUCGAUCCGCAAUGGGAGUGUUCACGUUCGUGUGCAGGAACUCGGGCGACGAGUGGACGGGAAAAUCGGUGUCCGGGGAGCUGGAGGCGUCGGCGGGGUCUACCUUUGAGCUCCAGAGGAAGCUCGUCCAGACUGCUCUCUCCUCCGACUCCUCCGGUGGAGUUCAGUCCUCCUUCUCCUUCGUCACCCCCACCUCCGGAGUCUUCCAGGUGAUUAUUGGUGGUGCCAGCGGUGGUGCUUUCAUUGGAGGCGGUGGAGCAGCUGCAGCAGCUUCAGGAGGAGGCGCAGCACCAGCUGCUGAAGCCGAGAAGAAAGAAGAGAAGAAGGAAGAGAAGGCAGAAGAGAGUGACGAUGGAGACAUGGGAUUCUCACUCUUUGAUUAGAGCAUUUCUCAGUAGCUAUGGAGUUAUCUAUCAUCUUAUGGUUUUUGUUCUAUCUUUUUUUGUUGGGUCAUUGUGAGUUAUUAAUACCAUUAGAUCUUGUUAAUUGGAUUAUAUUGCAGUAUGAAGUGAUCUGAUCAAGGGACAUGAUAAAAUUUUGUGCUGAGUAAAAUCUUUGUUGGUCUCUCUGCCUUUUAAGAUUCUCAGCUGAAAAUGUUUGUUUUCCUAGGCUAUAUGAAAAUGUUGAUUUUUGUUA